AACACAGAAAAACAAACCAAAAUUUAGAUUUGAAUUGAAAAAAAAAGAAGAAAAAAAAAAUACUAGUAGAGCAAAUUGCCAAGAUCCAUUUUCUAGCACUUGCUCACUUGCUGAUAUUGUGAAUUAGGGUUUUGGACUGGUCGUAGAUCAUGGCAAUGGCCGCCCAAUCUGUAGCUCGAUCUCAUGCUGCUUCGAUGAAUUCACUAAUUCAUCCUAUUUCUUUGCGAAAUUCUUUGAAGAAGAAGAAGAAGAGAUUUGAUUCAUGCCGUCAAUUUCUUUGCAAGAAGAGGAAGGAGGAGAAUUGGGGGAUAAAGGGUUUGAAGGAGCGUUGCCAGAGAAGAGUAAAUGCUAUUGUGGAUCAGAAUGUGGAGGAUGAUGAGAUGUCAGGGUUGGAUUCUGAUGACGAUACCAAUCUUUUGAGCAUUGUCAUGAAGUUUGGGGGAUCAUCAGUGGCUUCAGCUGAGAGAAUGAGGGAGGUUGCAGACCUGAUUCUUAGUUUUCCUGAGGAGAGGCCAGUGAUUGUCCUCUCUGCCAUGGGGAGGACAACCAACAAGCUCUUGGUUGCUGGAGAAAAAGCUGUUUGUUGUGGUGUAUCACAUGCAUCUGCCAUCGAAGAGUUGAACUUUAUAAAGGAUUUGCAUCUUAGAACAGCAGAAGAACUUGGGCUUGAUAGUUCUAUGAUUUCUGUUAUAUCCUUUAUGUUGAAUGAUCUAGAACAGCUGUUAAAAGGCAUUGCCAUGAUGAAAGAGCUGACGCUUCGUACAAGAGACUAUCUAGUUUCAUUUGGGGAAUGCAUGUCUACAAGAAUUUUUGCAGCAUACAUGAACACAAUUGGUUCUAAAGCGCGGCAGUACGAUGCAUUUGAUAUUGGUUUUAUAACCACAGAUGAUUUUACAAACGCUGACAUCUUGGAAGCAACAUACCCUGCUGUGGCAAAGAAGUUGCAUAGUGAUUGGACUAGUGAUCCUGCAAUGCCUGUUGUCACAGGUUUUCUUGGAAAGGGAUGGAAAUCACGUGCUGUGACUACCUUAGGGAGGGGUGGUAGUGACUUGACAGCAACAGCUAUUGGUAAAGCAUUGGGCUUACGUGAGAUACAGGUUUGGAAGGAUGUUGAUGGUGUUUUAACUUGUGAUCCCAAUAUUCAUCCCAAAGCAGAGCCUGUCCCAUACUUGACAUUUGAAGAAGCAGCAGAACUUGCAUAUUUUGGUGCACAGGUUUUGCAUCCCCAGUCAAUGAGACCUGCUAGGGAAGCUGAUAUACCAGUUAGGGUGAAAAAUUCAUACAAUCCCCAAGCUCCAGGUACCCUCAUCACUAAGGAAAGGGAUUUGAGCAAGGCUGUGCUAACCAGCAUAGUUUUGAAAUCAAACAUCACAAUGUUGGAUAUUGUGAGCACUCGAAUGCUUGGUCAAUAUGGUUUCUUAGCAAAGGUUUUUUCCAUUUUUGAAGACUUGGGCAUCUCUGUUGAUUCUGUGGCUACGAGUGAAGUCAGUAUAUCUUUGACAUUAGAUCCAUCAAAACUUUGGACCAGAGAUUUAAUUCAGCAGGAACUUGAUCACAUGGUUGAAGAACUCGAGAAAAUUGCUGUGGUUCGUCUUCUUCGGAACAAAUCAAUAAUAUCACUGAUUGGAAAUGUUGAACGCUCUUCAUUGAUCCUAGAAAAGGUUUUUAAUGUUCUUCGGAAGAAUGGGGUUAAUGUACAGAUGAUCUCUCAAGGGGCAUCAAAGGUGAACAUCUCAUUGGUUGUACAUGAUAGUGAAGCAAGAAAAUGUGUCAGAGCUCUCCAUUCAGCCUUCUUUGCGAACGAUCUCUUGUCCGAAUUUGAUGCUGGUCUUCAGAAUGGUUUGCCAUUUGUCCCAGUGGAAAACCAAUGAUACAUAGAGCUAUUGUACAUGGAGGUAAACAUGAACUGGCUUUUGGUCUGGUUUUGCCGGUCUGCAUCCCAAGCUUCACUUCAGGAAACAUCAGCACAUUACAUAGUUGUCUGCUAAUUGUUUGGAAGACACUUGCCAAAGAUAUACAGAGCAUGCAUAAUAAUAUUUUCUUUCCCAGUCCACAAGAUGUUAGUUUGGCUUAGACUCAUCCUAUAAGCUUAAGUACAUAGGAAGAGCGAAGCCGACAAGUAUUAAUGAGAUGAUUUAACAGAUUAAAAAAACAAUGCGACACUGAAGAGCUGUAUUCCACUGUGUUAGCAUCUGGAGCUGCAGUGAGUGUGGCUUUGGGAGAUCUGGAUGUUUUUCUCAUUGCCCCGAGUGAUCUUCUUGGCGCAAUGUUCUCGGUGCCUUCCAAGGGUAAUGGUCCAGACUGCCUGCAUUCUUGUUGAUUUAUUUUCUUGUGUUUGCUACUUUGCUUUGGUGGCUUUUGGUGCUUGUUCUAGGUACUGUACACUAGUCAUGUUAUAGUUAUAAGGAUGCUAGCUAUUUGUAAAUGGAUUGGUAUGAGAAAGACUCUAUGGUCUUGUAGAUUUUUCCCCCUCUGCUCUUAUGUAGAUAUUUUAACAUUUGACUUUCUUUCCUUGUCUUCAUUUGGUCAGUGGAUCUUAUAGAAGUAAAUAAUGAAAAAUCUAAACCUGGCCAAAAUUAUCA